AUGAAUCAGUCAGCCAGUACCACUGAGAGAGCACAACUGAUUAAUUGGUGCAGAGGUGAAGAAGUAGACUCUGCCCAUGCAGUAUUAAUGAUUGGUAUACCGGAAGGUACCGAUAUAGCCUUUAUUGAAGAAACCAUGCACACUAUUAAGGUGUUUGGACGCGUGAGAGUAAGAGGGAAAACAUUUAAUGCCCUUACAAAGAGUUUAAUGGUAUUGUGUGAGUGCUCUCGAAUAGAGGACCCAGAUCAGGUCCCCAAUGAAGUACUGCCUCAUGGUGAUCUUGUAGCCUGGAUGCUAGUGGUAGCUGAUGGAGCAACAAUUGAUCCUGGUGAAGGUGUUCCAACCUCAAGCUUUCAGGAGAAGCUUACAAAGCUGCUGCAGGAAGAAGGGAAGACGUUACAUGAGGCCCAGGCUCUCUACCCAGCUGAAGCAUUGCAAACCAUGUCCCCUGAAGCCAUAAUUCGUGCAGUUGGAGACAUUUUAGAGAAAAUGGCAAAAUCACACAACGAGAAUAAUGCGUAUCAGCGGUUACGAAUAUUCUCAGGAAGCAUUCCUACUCCCUCGGGAGAGGAGAGUUUUGAUAGUUGGAUGGAUCAAGCCUGUCUCAUGGUUCAAGAGUGUGACUGCUCCAGCAGAGAGAAAAGGAAGAGAAUCGGGGAGAGCUUGAAAGGACCUGCUUUGGAGAUUAUUCAAGCAGCGAGGGAUGCCAACCCUGAUGCUAGCCCGAUGGACUAUCUGGAAGCACUUGAACACACGUUUGGAACCCCUGAGUCUGGUGAGGAUCUUUAUUUUGCAUUUAGAUAA